AGCUGGAGGAGAUGUCAAGGCUUGGCGACCAUUGAACGAACAUCAACAUCAGUAUCAAGUGGCCCCGCCACGGACACUUUUCCUCAGUCUUCGAUUUUGAUGUCGUUCUGCCGGUUACACGUUACUUUGCCUUCAUGUUCCAGACCAAACGAGCUAGUGUUAUUCUUGCCUUACCGUGGAACCAGCUUGCCUAUAUCCAGCCAUGUACACAACACGGGACAAUCAGAGCUUACACGUCACACUUGCCCAGCCAAUCGUCGAGGUGAAUGCUGGCGAUGCAACCAGAGGCUUCAAAACAGCAUUGGCGGUGGAGGUACCGCUGAUGGUACUAGCUUUGAGCACCGUCAUCAUGAGAGUGUAUUCAAGGCUAGCAAUUAAGAAGAAGGUAGCGCCGGAUGAUAUCUUGAUCAUCCUGGGCACGGCCGCGGCUCUCGCACGUACCGUGAUAUCUUGUAUGAGUGCAGAUGACAAUUGGGGUUACGAUCGAAAAGGUCCCGAUCGAACGUCGGAAGUUCCAUUCUAUCAACACAUCUUCGAACGUCGCGUGGCGUACAUCUUUGCCGUUACCUUCACGCGUUUCUCGGUCUUGGCCUACUACCUCCGAAUCUUCCCACCGGGGAUGGCAUCACUUCGAAAAUGCUGUUAUGUCCUUCUCGUCCUGGCUCUUGCGCACUUCAUCGAAGUCCUCACGGUUCUCAUAGUCUUGUGCGAAGAUAUCAGCAAGCUAUGGACCGGGAAUUGGCUCGACUUCACUGGAUCACAGUGCUUCAGUUCUGCCCUAUACAGUUACUCCGCGGCGAUAGGCGAUAGCAUCGUAGACAGUAUGAUCUUCGCGCUCCCGAUCCCAUACGUAUGGCAGCUUUCCAAACUCAGGAUCCGGCAACGACUUGGCCUUGUUCUCGUCUUCGGGCUAGGUUUCAUUGUUUGUAUCGUCGCCUUGCUUCAAAUUCCUUUCAUUAAGCGGCGAGAAGGCAAUAUGAGAUACUUUGGCAGCGCCGUCAAUAUCCUGAUCGCGAUCCAAAUUUCGUUUGCCAUUAUUGCAGCUUCGCUGCCCGACUUACGUGCGCUAGUCGCACGCAGUUUCGCAAGAUUCUCGCCUCUCCAUCAUCGAAGUCUUGCUACAGCCGGACGAGAAUCAAGUGGCGAAAACGAAGGACGCUCAGCCGACCAACGCGAUGCCGAGCAGGGCUUCCCAAAGUCGGCUAAGAUUGGAGAGCCACAGGUGGCAUCUGAAGGAAAAAGGGUUUCCAGGAAGCCAGACUGGCUGCGGAAUAGCAUUCCCGCAAGUUUGAUGUCAACGAUGAUUACACACAACGAGGUCACUCAGUUGUCGAAUGAUGACGACCGAUGUCUUCCCCAAAGAUCAAUUAGAAUAGCGGAAUGAGGACAGUCUGUAGCUAUUACAUGUCAUACUGUACAACCGUA